AUGGAGGUGUCACAAGUCAUUUGCCCUAUUACUACUUUACUUAAUUCUCCAAUACAAGAGGGGACAGACUAUAUUCCUCCCCGUAUGGACAAAACAACAGACAAUCACUUCAAACAAAGUCUUGCAGACAUCAUUAAUUCGGCGAUAACAAAAACCCCUCUUCCAAACCCUAUUUUACAGAAUGAAGUGAAUUUAUUUAUUGAAAAUUUGGACAACCAAGAUUUGAUCAAAAGCAUUGUAAAUAUGUACGCAGAAACUUCUUUUCGAACACUUCCGUUUGGUACCGAACUCUUUAUUGGUCUUCUUAAGAUCAAUGGGAAAAAAUUGCUUCUCAAAUUACUCUCGAAUUGUAACUAUCACUACCAAGCGGUCUUUUCUUUACUUCUUGUUGAUUUAAAGAAGAGGGUAUCAGACAUAGUAGCGUCGGGGUAUUUCGAUACAUUAGGUGAAAUAGGCGAAGUCAGAAUCGCUCAGUUUAUAGAAGAAACAAUUCAAGAUUUAGUCGAACAAGCCACCAAUUAUACAAAAGACCAAUACAAGAAAAUAGCACAUGUGGUUGAAUAUGUCGCAUUUCCCAAAAGAGUGGCGUCUUACUUCUUUACUACUAAUAUAAUUGGUGUGCCUAUAAUAUCUGUUGUCCAAAAUUUGAUACAAAGUCCUUUGCGCCCAACACAAGACUUCAUGAAGAAGUUCAUUGAAGUAUACUUCGAGAAGUGUUUACAAGACCCGUCUUGUCUUCUUCAAGGCCACAACUUCCACUUUAUUGAGGAGCUCAUACUCUCGAAGUAUCACUAUAAGGCAUUCUGCUUUUUAAAGUCGCUGUUUUCAAAGAACGUGGAGUACAGAACAACAGAACCCUUAAGCAAGUUGUUUGAUUUGAGUUUCACAAGGUAUUCUCCUCUUAUGGCAGAGAUCAUUAAAGAGAAAUUCGACAAUUUAGUACACAAGAGAUGUCCACAGAGUCACUCGAUGAUGCAAAAUUCAAGUACAAAGAUUUUAAAUUCCUCGGCAAACCCGACUCUGAAGUGCUUGAACUGUUUUGAAUGUUUCUUUACUAUUAAGAAACUACUUGAACAUACUAAAGUCUGCAGAACCCCAAAGUUCGAGGGGAGUAAUGUCAAGGCGUCUGCAUUGUUUGAAGACAAGUGGACGGUUGUUGGAGAAAUUUUUUUCAACUCGAAAGACUUGAAGAACUUGUUUGUCUUGGAGCAUCCAAAUUCUACAGAAAGCGAGUUGAUCACAAAAUGGCUGAUGAAGUGCGAAGUCUCGAAGUUCAUUGUGAAUCGAAAGGUCAUCGCCUCGGACUGGGACCACAGCGAUUUCUGCCCAUACCACAAACAAAGUUUCCAAGUGCCCUUUCCCAACUUCAAUUUGUAUGAGCGGCUUACUGACGUUGAGCGGAAGAAAGUUUAUAUUAAAGAUCAAUAUCAAGACGUCGAGAAUGACAUCUAUGAGAGUAGUGAAGAGGAAAUAGAAGUGGAGAAUGUGCCUCAAUUCUUACAAGGAAGAUUAGUGAAGAAGACGGGGAAUGUGAUGGAGAUGUAUUAUGUGAAGGACUCUGAUUUAGAGGGGGAUGGGGAUGAAGCUGUUGAAGAAGACAAUUACACUGAAUUUAGAAAUGAGCCGCAAGACAAGACGGAGCAUCUUAAAACCAGUGAUAAUAGUAUAAAUACUAGUAAAAAUACUAGUACUCAAGGCAUUAAAGAGUCUCUUCCUUUGGAAGUAGAAAAAAGAAAUGAUAUAAAUAGUAAUGAGAAACACAAAGAAAUGCCAUCAAUGGAAAUAGAACCCCCAAAAGAAUUACAAGAAAAUAAAGAAUUUCGAAUCCCUGUGAUUGGCAAUACCGAACUCAAUAAAGACCCAAUUGUUCUGGACGGGCCUAAUGUCAAUUUUAAUGACUCCCAGACGUCGAGUCAAACUGAAAAACACCAACCGACAAGUUCACAAAAAGAGGCGUCGAAGACAACAGAAGUCUCUGUUGAAGACAUCAACAGUUUUUCAUUCACAGAACCAACACCAAAACCAACUCAAAUUUCUCAAAGACUUAAUAAAGACGCAUCAACAGACACGGAUGUUGCCGUUGAAGAAUUGCCAUCAUCAUCAGAGAACAAAUGA